CUGAGUCACUGUGUGAGUCUAUUGGUCUUGAUGUGAGUUCAUGGGUGUUUGUGUGAGUCUAUGGGUGUACGUGUGAGUCAAUAGGUCCCUAUAUGAUUAUAUGGGUCACUGUGUGAGUCUAUGAGUGUUUGCGUGAGUUUAUAGGUAUCUGUGUCAAUCUAUUGGUUUCUAUGUGCGUCUCUGGAAUUCUUCAUGCGAGUUUAUGGAUCUUCAUCUAAAAGUAUAACAUUUAUCCUAAUUAAUAAUGGGAAUAAAAAAAUAUAUGCACGCAUAUUCUGGGCAGUUGUCAGAUGAAAAAUAGCUUCAAAGCCCUCCUGCAGUAUCGAUAAACAUUCUGAUUCUAAUAAAUAGUGGUUGGUCAUGUGAUUAACCAAUUGUAUCUCUAACAAUGUUGCUAAAGUGGUAACCAAUUAACACUGAUUGCUUCUUCAGGGAGACUCUCAGGAUGGUUGUUAUUGUGUGGGAGACCGCGCCCGGAGGACAUGUCGGUACCAAUUCCAGGCAAUGCUUCGAUAAGACAUCGAGAUCACUCUACAAGUUGACUGUAUGUUCGGCAUUAUUCGGUGUGCUGGUGUAUCUGAGCAUUGUCUAUUGGGUUCCCAGGCAGGGUAACUCCCGACUGGCACCACUCUACCACCACCAGCAGCAACCACGCCAACAGCACUACGAAGGUGCCAGCCACGUCCCUCCCCCGUCUCCGGCACACCCGCCAUCGCCCGCCUUCGCCCUCGAGGGCCGUCUGGGCUGUACCCCCCUGCAGUGGCCCCUGCCCCUGAAUAUCGAGCCGCUACACUUCUCUUCGGCUGAGAGGACGGUGGCGAGGGUCGUGAAUGAAAGGCGCAGCGUCGCCGUGGGGGACUCGGUGAUGCUCCGCGUGGAGAUGAUGGACGGCACUGGCCGUCCGAAGGGCUACGGCUGCGACUUCCUCCUGGCUCGCGUCUACAACAUGGCCCUCGGCAACGCGGCCACAGGACAGGUGACGGACCAUGAUAAUGGCACAUACAGUGUGGAGUUCAUGUUCUGGUGGGCGGGCGAGAGCCGGCUGGAGGUCAAGGUAGUGCACCACAGUGAGGCCGUGGGCGUCCUGGAGAGGGCCAGAGAUUUUGUGAUGGACAAAGUGAGCUUCCGAGGCAACUUCGUUUCCGGGAAGGUGAAGAGGACAACUACUUGCCACUUCGUUCUGGAUGCCACCAUCAUCGCCACCAAGGAUGUGUGCAGCUACGAUGAUGAUCUCCUGGGCGAGAGGUGGGCCUGUGAAAGGCCGGACAAUAUGUCAUGCGACGCCAUGCAGUACCAUUCGUCCUACGACAAGAAGCCCAGGAUAUUUGCCGACGAGAGAAAGGAACUCUUUAUAGGGUAAAUCCCUUUGGAACUCCAUUCUACUCUGGCAGUUCUUCUACCACACUGCUGUUGAGUCUCUGCCGUGUUAAUCGGGUGUGUGGGGGAAGGACAACAAACUAAACACAAAACGCAUUUCUAAAAAA